AUGACUCACACUGCCGUUGUGCCACAACCCAGGAAGACUCGCCGUGGGAAACGAAACACGAAGACAGUGGAGGAAGCUACCCAAAAAUGGGUUGAAUCCAGUGGACUGGAUCGUGUCCUCACAAAAAUUCAGAAAAACACUGAAACCACAACCAUCCCAGACUACCCUGGACAAUUCCUUAGCCACCAAUCUCACGAUCAAGUUUCUGCCACACUGGCAAGAAAAUUUCCAAACCUCAGCAUCGACCUACUGCGCACGGAGCCUGAGGAAGGGAGGCUGUUGUACCCAUCACUUUCUCAGGAUCAACUUGAUCCUCAGCACCCUCCAUACCUGGCGGCACAUUUUCACAACGUGCUCAAAGGUCCUGCUCAAACAGCACUUCUCAAUGAGUGGAACUCUAUGAUCUCAUUGAAGGUCAAGUAUCCCAAAGUCGAGCCACAAUGUUCGAAGGCUUCAGCCGCUUUACAUCUAGGUGUCUGGGAAACUUAUAGGCUCCUCCCCAUCAUUACGGGCGACUCUCACAACCAACUACCUGAGGUCAUUGUGGUGAUGGACCUGUUCUUGUCCCUUGUUGGGCGACUUAUCGCACCAAAGCUGAGAAACUUACUGGAACUAGGGACUGUCAUGGAUACAUCCGGGUAUUAUCCGUACCCGAUCCAUGGAUUUUCCCACCCAUGGAUUGGAUAA